CGUAGUUGAGUGAAUUGGGUGCUGAAUAAACUACGACAUUCUUUUGUCAAUCAAUUUGAAAGCCCAAAGCAAAAAAAUACCUUGAAAUUUAUUGGAUUAUUCAGCAGUAUGGGUUUCCAAACGGAUGAAGAACAAGAUGAAUUGGUAGUAUCAGGUAUGGCGGGGUGCUUCGCCGAAUCUGCAAACAUCUACGAAUACAGGGCUAACCUCGCGAACAAAGUCGACAUGGUGACUUGCGAUGGGAGACGUUGGGUGACGAACCAUCCCGAAAUACCCAAACGGAGCGGAAAGAUUAACUUUAUCGAAAAAUUCGAUUCGGGUUUCUUCGGGGUACACGGAGCGCAGGCGCACUCCAUGGAUCCAUUGGCUCGGAUGCUACUCGAAAGGACAAUUGAAGCUGUUUUGGACGCCGGAUAUCAUCCCGAAGAGCUGAAAGGAACGCGGACUGGCGUUUUCGUCGGAAUGAGCGAGUCGGAGGCGGACGAGUUGUUGAUUGGUCCAAACUUGACGUCGCCCAAUUUCGUAGGGACAGGUUGCACCCGAUCGAUGCAUUGUAGCUGGAUCAGCCAUAUUUUGCAACUCGAGGGGCCAUCCGUUUCCAUCGAUAGCGCGUGUAGCAGCUCCCUAACGGCCAUCGAGCACGCAUUUGCCGCGAUCCGACUGGGGAAAUGUGACGCGGCGAUUGUCGCAGCUGGACAUCUCUGCCUGAAACCAAAGAAUACGUUAGAGUUCUCCAGAUUGGGGGUACUGAACGGAGACGGCCGUUGCAAGUCGUUUGAUGAAGCUGCAAAUGGAUACGUACGAUCCGAAGCGGUUGGUACCCUAUUCGUACAAAAUUUAAAGGCGGCGAGACGCGUUUAUGCCAAGAUAAUUAACGCAAAAGCGAACUGUGACGGGCACAAAGAGCAGGGAAUUUCGGUUCCUUCGGGGGACGAACAAAAAGCACUGUUGGUAGCAUUGUAUCGCGAAUGUGGGAUUCAACCCUCAAGUGUCGAUUUCGUGGAAGCGCAUGCUCCAGGUACAAAAGUAGGAGACCCCGUAGAAAUUUCCGUCAUUGACUCCAUGUUUUGCACCUCACGCCAAAGGCCUCUUCAUGUGGGUUCUGUCAAGUCCAACAAUGGGCACACUGAGGGAGCGUCAGGUUUUUGUGCCGUCGCCAAGAUACUUUUGAGCAUGGAAGCGGACAGUUUUCUGCCAAACAUUAACUUUUCGAAAACCAACUACGAAGCGUUCGUGGCGGGUCGAAUGGCCGUCGCGACCGACGUGAUGCCCUGGCCCGAGGAUGGGACGGGAUUGGCGGCCGUUAACAACUUUGGAUUUGGGGGUGCCAACGCUCACGUUCUCUUGGAGCGUCAUACGAAGGUGAAGGUCAAUGGCGGAAUUCCCGAGGAUGAUUUGCCUAGGCUGGUGUGCUUCAGUGGACGUACCGGGGAGGGCGUCGACGCGUUCAUUGCCGAUUUGGAGCGAAGGGAACUGGAUGCGGAGUUUGUACGAUUGUUGCACGAAAUCUUUAGUAAACCAAUGGAUGGCCACCUGCAUCGAGGGUUUGCAAUAGUGACAAAGUCAGCGAUUAUGGAACGAUCAAGGAGCUACAACGGUAUGAAAAAAGCUCCCCUCUGCUUACUAUUUGGUGGCCCUAACUCAACAUUGCUCCAACAUUGUCAGUCACUUCUGAAAUUUCCAAUCGGCGCUUUGACACUAAAACGGAUUCAAGCCGAGUUGAAUUUUUCUACACCUGAACUAACCGACUUUUUGGACAACGGAUGGAACGAUUCCCAAGCUGAUUUGGUACUUGGAACGGUGCUGAGUCAGUUGAUUUUGGCAGAACUUUUGAGGUGCCUGAAGUUGGACGUGGCCCACGUCGUAGGGUAUUCUACCGGGGAGAUUGCCGCAGGUUACAUGACCGAUUCCUUGAGCUUGGAAGAAGCGGUCGCUCUUGGUUUUCACUUAGCCGAAAGCCUUAGAAAGUUCGCUAACAACAACGAAAAUACACCUGCAAUACUCCCCAAUGGUUUAAAAAACAUCGAACACCCUUGUAAAAAAUCAGGCUUAACAGAAAAGGUGCGUGAAAAGCGAAGCAUGAAUAUUGAAGAGGUGGGCGACAAUUCCAUCGCCCUGGUCAAAAACCAACAGAUGUUAAUUUCAAACUUGAAGAACAGUCUAAAGCCGUUGGUACGCUUUCCCAAGAAAAGAUCGUCGAAAUGGAUUGCGGCUCACAACGAAUCCAACAGGAAUUUCUCUCCAGAGUCCUUAAUUUCUUCUAUGUUCACUCCCGUUCAAAAUCUCACCUCGAAGCUUGACGGUUUCAUUUUGCACGCCGAGAAAAACCAUUUCGGACACGUUUCGACAGAGAUGCAGUUAAGAAUGGAACCAGAUCAACAUUUUCUCGUCACUUUGGGAAAACUCUACGAGCGUGGGUAUAACGCGAAAAUAUCCGAAUUGUAUCCCCCGAUUUCUUGGCCAAUCAGCGCGCGUACUCCGUCAAUUUCGCCAUUGAUUAAGUGGAACCAUGAAGACGAUUGGUUUGUGGCGCUCUCUAGCCCCAAGGAAAACGCGCACGCCAACGGAUGCCCGGUUGUUGUGAAAGCUAAAAAUAAAAAUUGGCAGUUUAUAACUGGACACCUCAUUGAUGGUCGUUACCUCAUACCGGCGACCGCGUACCUGAAGAUGGUUUGGGAUAUCUACGUCGAAUUGCAGAAGCGAGGAACGCUAGAUUUGCGUAUAGUCUUUGAAGAUGUCCAUUUUCAAAGGGCGACACAGUUUUCGGAGGAGGACGGAGUAAAAUUGUUUGUGUCACUUCAGAAAUCAACUGGGGAUUUUGAGGUAUCGCAAUCGGAUCGUGUCCUUAUGACCGGCAGGAUUCGUACGUUAAGCGAAAUUGAUCCUCCCAUGUCAUGCGCUCCAAUCUCGAUCACCGUAAAGAACGAACUACGAUUGGACAAAAAUGAUAUUUAUAAGGAACUCCAACUGAGAGGUUACAAUUUCAGCGGAUUAUUCCGCUGUGUAGAUUCAUGCGCCUUGGACUUAACUAAUGGACUGAUCGAAUGGGCGGAUAAUUGGACCACUUUCAUGGACAAUAUGCUGCAGGUCAAGAUACUCGAGAAGGACACAAGAAGUCUUUAUGUUCCGACCUACAUCGAACGGAUAAUCAUCAAUCAGGACCUGCACCAGAGGUUUCUAUCCGACGGAAAGGUACCGGUGUACCUAUGCGCCCAAUCCAAUACCGUUAGAGCCGGAGGCGUCGAAAUAAAAGGACUGAGAACAAGCCCCAUCACCAAACGAAAGGUAUUGGACGAGCCGGUUUUGGAAACGUACAAAUUUGUACCUUUCAAAGGGAGUUUAAAUUUGGUCGAAGCAGUGAGGGUGAAUACUCAAAUUGUCAUUGAAAACUCGAGACAACUCACAUUUAAUUGCGUGGAAGUGGUGGAGGACUCUCGGUCUUCGGAACCGAUUACUCCGAUUCUUCAACAGGUACUCGGAGACGAACCGCUUAUUCAACCCAAUUUGGUUGUACUCUCAAGUCGAGAUCUCGCAUUUGAUGCAAUCGACGUGAGAGACCAGAAACUCGCGGAAGGGCCCAACGAUCACUUGCUGGUGAUAGUAGCAAACGCACUUCGAAGCCCUCAGCUUCUUGAAGAGGCGUUGAUGGCGUUAAAGGGCGGCGGCUUUGUAUUAUCAAGGGAAGGUGUAGGUUUCCACCAGGAUCCCGACGGUGUACCAGACGUUGAGAUGAUAAGCGUCUAUGAGACGGAAGCCGAAACCUUGGUCUUACUGCAAAAGCGGAAGCCAACCGGAAGUCUCACAAUCGUCGACUUAGACAACGUUGCCAAUUUCACCUGGUUGCCAACUCUGCAAGGGCUCGUCAAAGACAACAAGAACGUCAUGCUAGUCGCUCAAAACGACUCGACCACCGGAGUACUGGGCCUAUUCAAUUGUCUAAAAAUGGAACCUCACCCCGAAAAAGUGCGUUGCAUGUAUAUCGCGGACGAUACGCCCAAAUUUGACGUGAACGACCCGUUUUACGUCACGCAAUUAAAAAAGGGCUUAACUGUGAACGUCUACAAGGGCGGGAGGUGGGGUACUUACCGCCAUCUGCCAGUAACAAGCCCUAAGCCGAUUCUGCGCGAACACGUAUUUACCCACGCGCUCACAGUGGGCGACCUUUCCAGCCUGAUAUGGUCCGAAGGGCCCCUGAAGGGCAACGAUCCGCUUCCAGCCGGUCACCAUUUGGUUAACGUCGAUUACGCCGCGCUAAAUUUCCGUGACAUUUUGACGGCAUCGGGACGAAUCAGCGCCGACGUCUACUCCACGGAUCGUUUGGCGCAGCAAAUAGUGCAGGGUGUGGAAUUUUCAGGAAGGCUUUCUAGUGGCGAACGUGUGUUUGGAAUGGUUCGAGAUGGAGCGUUUUCGACUUUGGUAUUGGCCAAUCCUUCCAUGAUGGUAACUGUACCAGACGAUUGGUCCGUGGAAGACGCGGCAACUGUCACUGUUGCAUAUACAACCGUAUUGCUAUGCUUAGAACAUGAAGCCCGCAUAAAAAAAGGUCAGAGCAUUUUGAUACACUCCGGAACCGGAGGCGUGGGGCAAGCGGCCAUAAACGUCGCCAUCCAUUACGAAUGCGACAUCUUCGUAACCGCCGGAACCGAGGAGAAACGAGACUACCUUCGGCAAAACUUCCCGAAAAUACCAGGUCGCCGCAUUGGAGACUCGCGCAGUACCACAUUCGAGCAAAUGAUUCUGAGGGAGACGAAGGGACGAGGCGUCGACUUGGUCCUCAACUCCUUAUCGGAUGAUAAAUUCCAGGCGUCGCUCCGCUGCCUGGCGCGCGGCGGAAAGUUUCUAGAGAUUGGAAAGUUCUACAUGCAGAGCAACUUUCGGAUGGAGUGCGAAACUAUCGGUAAACGCUGCAGUUUUCACGCGAUAAUGCUGGACAUGUUCUUCGGCGAAAUUCCAUCGCGCCAAAAGCUCGCCUUUGAUCUUUUGAGGAGAGGUAUCGAGAGAGGUGUGGUGAAACCCUUACCGCGCGUCGUGUUCAGAAAAAAACACGUCGAGGAAGCGUUUCGUUUCAUGGCCGGCGGUAAGCAUAUGGGAAAAAUUCUGUUGAAAGUUUCGGACGACAGAAACUCGCCAUUGUUCUAUGGAGUACCGAGAUUCUACGCUAAUCCACAAAACUGCUCGAUAAUCGUUGGUGGAUUAGGUGGGCUCGGUCUGGAGUUAGCCGAUUGGUUAGUGCUGAGGGGUGUGAAGAGGUUGGUUUUGGUGUCCAGGGCCGGUAUCAAGAACGGAUACCAGGCGACUAAGAUUAGAAAUUGGGCGCGGUACGGUGUGACCACCUUGGUUUCGAGGGAGAACGUCGUCACAAGGGAGGGGUGCGUGGAGCUGCUCAGAAGAGGAAACCAGCUGGGACCGGUAGAGUCGAUUUUUAAUCUGGCGGGUAUCCUGAAGGACGCCAUUUUGGAAAACCAAACCGUGGAAACGUUCGAAGAAGCGUUUCGUCCAAAGGCGGUUGUCACCAGGUUUUUGGAUGAGGUGUCACGGGAGAUGUGCCCCGAAUUGCGGCAGUUCGUUGUAUUUUCUUCGAUGAUGUGUGGAAGGGGAAAUUCUGGACAGUGCAAUUACGGUAUGGCAAAUUCCGUUAUGGAAAGGAUAUGCGAGCGGCGAAAAAGGGACGGGUGCCCAGGUUUAGCGAUUCAGUGGGGCCCGAUUGGCGAGGUGGGGUUGGUCGCGGAGCGGAAAAAUCCGGUUCGAGGUACUCUACCGCAGAAGGUUUCGUCGUGCCUAGGCGUUUUGGACACGUUGUUGAGCCAAGACGAACCCGUAGUUUGCAGCAUGGUUAUAGCCGAGAAAAGGAGAAACUGCAGUGGUUCCCAGAAUAUUAUUGAUACCAUUAUGAGGAUCAUGGGCGUCAAGGACUUGAAGACUGCUGGGAUGCACACGUCAUUUUUGCUUAUGGGAAUGGACUCGAUUAUUGCUGUCGAAAUUAAACAAAUUUUAGUGCGCGAAUUCAACGUUGACUUCAGCGAUAAGGACAUGCGCGAACUGACAUUUGCAAGGUUACAAGCGAUGAAAAGUGAAAGAAGUGGGGAAGAUUCUGGAAAUCCGAGCCUUAUGACGAAAGUAAUUAGCGAGUUAUACAUGCUACUUCCGGUCGUAGCGGAAAACACGGAGGAAUCUUCAUAUAUCAUUAAACAAAAGAGCUUGGUGAGCGACGCCGACAACGCCCCCUGUGCCUUUCUUCUUCCCGGAAUAAGCGGCACGUGCACACUUAUGGAAAAUUUAGCUCGCAAUUUAAACUGCCACGUCUACUGUCUACAGUACGAAGAAUCUACCACAAUGAUCGAAGAGCUGUCUCAGCAAGCUCUCCUGCACUUACCUUCCGCCAAAGAACCGUUCACUGUAAUUGCCUACUCCUUUGGCUGCAUAGUCGCCUUGCACCUAGUCUCUCAGCUCGAAAGUAAAGGCUACAGAGGGCAGCUGAUUUUAAUAGAUGGAUCGCACACUAUUUUCAAAUGGCGAGUAGCUGCUUUAAUUCCUAACGUACAGAAUGAGAGAUACGUGCAGACUUACAUUCUUGCCGGGCUCGCGAAGUCGUUUGUGCCCCUAGAUCGCCUAUUAAGGGUGGAGGAGACGCUGCUACGCUGUCAAGGCUUGAAGGAACGAAUCGACGUGUUACUACGCCUUUGCAACGAUGCAGAAUUGGUGAAAGAGCGUCGAGGGGAAAUUGUGAAGUCGCUCUAUGGACGAGUUAAAAGCUUCAUGGAAUUCGAACCGAAAUUUGAGAAGAUAAAGUCAUCGGUGACGCUAUAUAAGCCGACCGAGUCUCUCUUUCAAGGGAGCAGCGAAGAUUACGACGUGGAAGACUUGUGCGAGGGUUCGGUUUCGGUACAUACUGUCAGUGGAAAUCACCUCACCAUCCUGAAAAAUACAAGUAUGGCUAAUGAAAUUAAUAAGAUAGUAAUAAAUAAUAACAAUCAUUUACAUUGUAGCAGAUGAAUGCGCUUUUACUUGUUCAAUUACACUCAAUAAAAUUAAG